AUGGCGAAAGUGCAACAAGUUGCAACCACGACUGACUGUUGGACCGCCCGUCGCCGUUCAUAUAUCGGGGUUACAGCACAUUGGAUUGAUAGCGAAACGCUCAACCGAGUGAGCGCAGCUCUUGCAUGCCGUCGUCUAAAAGGCAGGCACACCUACGAUGUUCUAGCGGCAAAACUUGAAGAAAUCCAUACUGAGUAUGAAAUUGUCUCAAAGAUUGUCAAGACCACAACUGACAAUGGGUCGAACUUUGUAAAGGCAUUUUCUGUCUGUGCUGUUAAUUCAGAACAACCAGAAGAACCGGAGGAGACCGAGGGAGAUGAAUCCACCUUUCAUGAUGUUUAUGGCGACCUAACUGAAGCAGCUGAAAGCUUCGAGUAUCAGCUUCCCCCUCUACAACGCUGUGCUGCCCACACCCUUAAUCUCAUAUCGACAGUGGACCACAUCGUUCCUCAAUGA